AUGCUUCCUGUCUGCAGGGACUACGCCAAUGCAACGGAAGCGAAGACCGUGUGUCACGCCUCUGCCUUUGUUACAUGGUCGCUUCGACGCGGACCGAAGGGUCUCGCCGGAGCCGGUGGUUAUUCCAACUGGUUUGCUGGGGACUUUGCUCCCGCGUAA